AUGCUGAUUCAAGAGAGCCACGUCGAUGUCAAGACGACAGCGAAUGGCAAGGCGAGCACCAUGCGCAUCUUUGUCUUUCACCCUGCCAUUCCCGGAUUUCCCAAUGCACGCUUCCCCGGCGUCUGCCUGUUUAGCGAAAUCUACCAAGUGACGGGUCCUGUUGCACGAUUCGCCCGCCAAAUCGCUGGCCAAGGCUACAUUGUCGCCGCGCCGUCUUCGUACCACGACUUCACCGGCCCAGAGCCGCUCAAGUACGAUGUCGCGGACACCGACAAGGGUAACCAGUACAAGAUUCAGAAGACACUCGAGUCAUACGAUGCCGACUCCUACGCUACCGUCGACCACCUCCUCAGCCUGCCGACUUGCACCGGGCUCAUCGGCGCCACUGGCAUGUGUCUCGGCGGCCAUCUAGCCGUCCGCGCCGCCCUGGACCCUCGCAUCACGGCCUGUGUCGCAUACUUUGCGACCGACAUCCACAGCCGCACCCUCGGCCCGCACGACGCCGCCAACACGUCUACCGAUGCGCCCCCCGACAGCAUCCACACGCUGGACCAAUUCGACAAGUUCAAGGGCGAGGCCGCCAUGAUCUUUGGCGUCAAGGACACGCACGUGCCCGACGCCGGGCGCGACCUCAUCCGCGCCAAGAUGCGCGCGGCCGGCGUCGUCGCGAGCUUCCACGAGUUUGCGUGGGCGCAGCACGCCUUUAUCCGCGACGAGCUGAGCAAGGGCCGCUACGACCCGGCCGUGACCAAGCUGCUGUCGAGCACGACUGCUAGAAUACACUGCAAGAGAUUGCAUUUUGAAACGGCACUACGCGUUACUUGUUCCAAGUAUGUCUCCAAAAGCUUAAAAAAAUAA